CUGCAUCCUCUCUUCCUGUCUCCCUCUAGGUCAUCUGAUGGUGUGUGCGCAGCAGGAACAGUGGUGGUGAGUCGUCUGAAGAUGGGGGAGAUGGAGGAGGUUGACGUGGACCACAUCACCACCGACAUACCGUCACACAAGUGUCCCUUGGUUUGUGAGUCUGCGUCCCAUGCCUGCAUCGACAGAGAAAAUAACCCACUAACAGGUCCAGUGUUCAAGAACCCAAUAUGCAAGGUGUACAGAUUUCAAACAGUGGACAGCAAGUGGAUGCUCGUGCGGGAACAAAUGGAGGAGUGCACGUUGUCCUUUAGCAUCCCCAAACAGCUGCUCUCACUGUAUAUUCAGGAGGAAAUGAGAAGGGUGAAGGACCUGAGGGAGCUCGGGGAGCUUUCUCCUCACUGGGACAACUUAAGAAAAGAGGUGAUGACCCGAUACGGAGGAAUCAUCUGCUCCUACCAGGAGACUUUGGCGGAACUGGACAAGAUUACUGGUCGUUCAUUCAAGCCAAGCUGCUGCAAAGCCCAGAAAACUCUGGAGUUCAUCCCAAUAAACUUGCACACCCAGAGGAUGAGGGUGACGUGCCCCAGAAAAACAGAUGCGUUUUAUGACAUCGUCACCGUCGGAGCCCCCGCAGCCCAUUUCCAGGGGUUCAAGUGUGGCGGUCUGCAGCGUCUCCUUAGCAGAUAUGAAGCAGAGAAAAAGAGCUUCAGCACUGCCUACCAGUGUAUCUACUACUCCCCAGAGCACACAGCCAAAGCUCAGGAGGUGCUCAGCACCGUGAGCCUCCUCCAGCCCCUCAUCACAAGCUUAGCGGACCAGCUCCUACAGGCUGCCCAGGAGCACUCUUCCCCUGGACUGAGGGAAGCACUGAAGAACCUUUCUGACAAGACAGAACAAUUUGUUCACACACUUAAAGAUGAAUUGGUCAAGAGUGCACUGCUGGCACUGCAUGCAGCGCGGCCUGGAUACGUCUCCAAGAACCAGAAGCAAACCCCGGUGCAGGGAGGCCAACAUCAAGGCCACAUCCACCAGGGCAGUGUUCAGACUCAGAGCCCGGUCCAGGGACUUCCAGGCCACAGUCCGGCCACGUCGAUCACUGACAGCACGGCGGUGUGUAACAAUGUGGAAGGAACACAAACCCCGAGUAGAGGAGAAGGUGGGCCGCUGAAGCACCAGGACUCCAUACCGCACCAUAAAGAGUACGACGAGGAGGAAUGGGACCGAGUGUGGGCAAAUGUGGCCAAAUGUCUCAACUGUGUAAUCGCCAUGGUGGAUAAACUCCAGGAGGAAGACGGCAGCAAGCAGGAGCCAAUCCCUGAGCAGCAGCUCGCUGAUGUCAUCACCUCACACAACCCCGGCGAAUGGAGGGAGCAGCUGCGUCCUCUGGUCACCAGGUUAAAGGAGUGUGUGACGGAGGUGGUGGAUAAGGCAAAGAGAGCCAUGACCUUCGUGCUCCUACAGGAGGCAGCCUGCAGCCUUCCACAGGGUUUCCUCCUCCAGCAGAGGCGAGACGUGGUCUUCAGUCAGGCAUUGGCAGCCUUAGCCUGUGGUUUUGUCAUGAGGCUGUAUGCAGGAAUGCAGGACCAAGGCUUCCUGAGGCAGCUCCACCUGGUUGGCCUGGUGGCUCAGUUUGAGAGUCUGCUCAGCACCUACAGUGAGGAGAUCGGGAUGCUGGAGGACAUGGAGGUUGGAAUCUCAGACCUGCAGAGAGUCGUGUUCCAGAUUACAGAGGCCAAGACCGAUAACCUCAGUGACCUCCAGCCUUUAGUGUUUGGCCGACGAGACCACUUCACCGUAGAAGUGCCAUUACCACGACUGGUGUUCCAAAGACUGCCAGAGGAGAUCAAGGAGGGCAAGCCUCUACGAGUAUUCCCGGUGCUGUUUAACGUGGGCAUCAAUGAACAGCAAACAAUAGCAGAGAGGUUUGGAGAUAUCUCUCUACAAGAAAGAAUAAACCAGAGGAACUUUGAGAUGUUAGAAGCCUAUUUCAAAUCCUUAAGUGAAAAGGUGCCACUAGAAUGUCUACCAUGUUUUCAGACACAGAGCGACAUAAAGGAAUUACUUGAAACCCUGGGACAGAAUGUAGUAACAAAGAAGAGAAAGAAUGUGGAGAUACUAUGGAUUGCUGGAACGAUCUGCCGAAGGUUAAAUGGCAUCAGGUUUACCAGCUGUAAAAGUGCCAAAGACCGGACAUCCAUGUCUGUCACGUUAGAGCAGUGUGCCCUCCUGCGCGAUGAACACCAGCUCAGCAAGGAUUUCUUCAUCCGUGCUUUGGACUGUAUGCGGAGAGAAGGAUGUCGGAUUGAAAACGUUCAAAAGAAUAUAAAAUGCAGGAAAUAUGCCUUCAACAUGUUGCAGCUGAUGGCCUUUCCCAAGUGCUACCGACCGCCGGAGGGGACUUACGGCAAAGUUGACUCUUGAGGAUGUAAACCGUGUCCUGUAAAGCCCGUCAUCGUGUGUUACCUGAGUUGUAAAUAUGAAAGCUCAGAAACUGACGUGUUUUAUUGUUUGUAACCAAAGAAACAUGCUGGAUUGUAUAUGUUGCUGAUGGCUGUGUAGUUCUAAUGUGUGUGCCAAACUUGUGUUAGUUGUAAUAUGCACAUUCCAUAGUGGCCUUGUUUAUUCAGGUGCAGCUGCGUGGGAAACAUAGAUAAACUGUCAGGAAGUAAUGACUUGUAAAUAUUGUUUUCUAGAUAUUUAGAAUAUUUGUGGUAUAAAUACUGCUUCCCGCAUUGACUUAUUCCAUGUGUGUUUUACACGAUCAAAGUGCAAGUGUGUCCUACGCUACAAGAGUUCAUACAUUUCUGUAGUUCUUGAGCUGAACAUUUCAUUGUCCUCACAUAUUCAACUUUUUUGACUGAAAAAAAAGUAACAUACCAAAGCAUUUAUUGAAUCCUGUUUCCUAACUCAUCCCAUUCUCUUAAUGGUUGCACUUGAGCUUUUUCCAUAAUACUUUCAUAUCUCAAGGUACAGGCCAGUGAAACCACGUGAAGAACGGGUGGAAGUUAGAGCAGGAUGAAGAUACUGGACCAUCAUUUUUGAACGCUUUUCAAAUUCAAAUAUUUAUUUUUUUAUUCUAAAGUUAUUUUAUAUUCUAAGGGUUGAUACCUUGGACUUUAAUGCAUGUUUGAAAUGUAUUUGCUGUGUUAUGCAUUGUCUAUUUAGAAUGAAAUAAAAGAAUGGAUUGAUGUGGAAGUAAACUACUAAUUAGAUACAAAUCAUUUAAUCCAUGUGUUGCAUUAAAAACCUUGAAAGAAAU